AUGAUACUACCAAAUGAAUGUUCUUGUUUUGUGAAAGAAGACAGUAAAUUUCCUUUGGCAUCAAAGCGUAUUUUGGAUAUAGCCUGUGGCGAUGGGCAUUAUACACGAAAACUGAAAGAUCUUGGUUGUUCUUAUAUUCUUGGUAUUGACAUCAGUUUGUCAAUGAUUGAUAUCGCAAAACAGAAGGAGGCAAUUAAUCCAAAAUCGAUUGAUUAUCUGUGCAUAGAUGGCAAGCAACUACUACCACCAUCGAUAGAUUCUGCAUAUGAUAUUGUAACAAGUAGUUAUUAUUUGAAUUAUGCUCAAACACGUGAAGAAUUAUAUGAUAUGGUCAAAGUCAUUUAUGAACAAUUGAAACCAAACGGAUCAUUUUAUUCGAUGAAUGAUAAUGUUUGUGGUGGUCUAAUGGAUUCAUAUAAUAAUGAACGACACAAGAAAUAUACAUUCAUGAAAGAAUUAUACAGUUUAACAGAAGGUACACCAAUUAAAUAUACAAACUAUUAUGACAUUAACACGCCAUCAAAGUCAUCAUUUUACAAUUAUUAUAUGCCUCCAGUAAUCUAUGAAGAAACGUUCAAUAAAUGUGGUUUUAAAUCCUUCGAAUGGGUGCCAAUACAAUGUGAUCCCACAGUAGAAAAUCCAGCGUUUUAUGAUGAUCUAUUAAAAUAUCCCCACAUUAUUGGCAUCAUAGCCAAAAAAUGA